AUGGAAAUUGAGGUCUCUGAGGAAGCUUGGCUUCAGGGCUACCUAUAUUCAGAGAUCGAUACCGGACCCCAGAUUUUGAGGGAAAAGAGAGCCGAUUUUAUAGCCAGUAUUUCGGAAAGUGUCCCACCGGAGACCUACAGAUAUUUGAGCGUGAAAGCGAUUACGGCGGUGUCUGGCAAGGAGCUACGUAUCCCGGAGCUGCUUGCGAUGUACUCAGCUGCACGUACCAAAUUAGUUGGCAUCGAAAUCCAGGUAUGGUAUUCUAGUGCACUGGGAUUCUCUCUUCCCCACAGGCCCAGAGCUCGUUCGAUACUACAAAAGUUCGCCGAAUUCUACGGGCUUCCUGGUUGCACUCUGUUCGGUCAACCAGUCAUGCACUGUACAUGGUCCGAAGACAAUUGCUAUGGAUCGUGGAUGUGUAGGAUGUGGACGAAGUGGACAGCCCAAAUUUUGAUACAGGCUGCAGGCACUUACAACCGCAAAGUCAUUCCUCCAAUACCAGGAAUUAACACCUUCAAGGGAGAGGCGUGGCACACUGCUGACAGGCCUGAGCAUUACGACUUUACAGGCAAAACUGUUGCAUAUGUAGCCACUGGGCCGACGUCUGUCCAGGUUCUCCCACACCUCCAAUCCUAG